AUGGGUGGACCUCGUUUCUCCGGCGUGACGCCCGCUGCGGGCGCCAGCAGCGGAGGCCCCAAAGAGGUGGUUCAGAGAGCGCUGGAAGCCUUGCGGGCGCUGCAGGAUCCCCGGACGAUGCUGGAUGGCCUCCAUGAGUUGAGAGGCUCCCUGACUGGACGGGACGCCGGUCAGACGGCCCAGGAGCUCCUCCUCCGGCCCGGCACUGAUGGGUUUCCCGAGUUGUGGGCGGUCUGGGACGUCAGGCGCGCCGGGGCUCUCACGCACGACAUCCAGAUCGCAGCUCUCGGCGUCGCCAUCGCCCUCUUGCGCUGCCACGCGUCGCUGCAACCGCACCGGAAGGCCCUGAGGGAGGCAACAGAUGGCAUUGCAACCCAAGUGCUGGAACGGCGACUGAAGCAGGUGUACUACCAUUUGACCAGCGGCAGCCGCAGCCGCGCCGCGGGCGCCCUGGCGCUGCUGUCGGCGAUUGCGGCGCGCAGCAGAGGUCUGUCGCUCGCGCUGCUCUCGUCGUUCGACUGGACGCUCUCGUCGCUCAGCAAGCUCGCUAGACCGCCGAAGCGCCAGGCGCAGCGCGGCGGGCAGGACGCCGUCGACGACGACCAAGGCGGCGCUCCAAGUGGCAGGGACAAGCGUGCGCCCCCGACCGGCGCGGACGGGCGGCCGACGUACUACGUCGGCGCCGACGUCCUCAAGCGGCCAACACGGCCGGCGCUGGUGCUGCUCUCGCUCACGCUGCUGCAGCAAGGCGACCGCGUGCUCGCGCAACAGGUGCUGGCGACGCGGCCGCUGGCGCGCUGCCUGCUGUCGCACUGCGCGUCGGAUCCGGACGGAGUCGUCAACGACGUGUUCGACGCCGUCGAUCGGCACGUCAUGGACCCGCGCGCCGCCGUCCCGCCCAGCGUCCAGUCGUGCGUGUUCCACGAGAGCGCGUUGCGCCAACUGGCCGAGAUCCUCGCCGCUCCGAGCGGCGCCGCGCCGCCAGGCGUGCAGGAGCGCGCGUACUCGAUCCUCUUCCGCGUCCUGACCGACCCAGCGCACGGCGUCCGCGCACCGACACCCCCCUCGCCGUCGCCAGACUCCCCCCCUGACGACCUGCUCCUGGCGUGGCAGCGGCCGUCGUUUCUGAUCGCGCACGAGCUCGCCGCGAAGAAGGACGACCGCGACCUCAGCGAGCAGCAGCAGCAGGGCGCCGCGAUCUUGUCGGACGACCACAUCGUGCGCCUGCUGCUGACGCUGUGCCCGUCGGCGGCGCCCCUCCACCGUCGCGUCGUCGAGGAGGUCUGCGCCGCGGAUCCGGCGCUCGCGCGCGCGUACCUCAUGAAGUGCGCGUUGCCGCUAGACCCGAAGCCCGAGCGAAGGUUCUACGUCGCAGCUGCCGUGUUCGCGCGACUUGCCACCACUGCUGCGGAGGCUGGAGUCUCCGAGUGCGACCUUCUCGGGACGCCGAGGGAGCGGGCGGAGCGAAGGGAGCGCCGGGAGCGCGUGAGGGAGUUCAAGGUUGGCGUCGGCUUCGAAGACGAGGAUCUCUCGACUGACCUGGACGGCGACUGCUUCCGCGCGCGGCGCUCGAGCGAGGCGGGGGAGCGAGCCGCAGAGCGCACCGCGCUGCCGCCGUGCGCGAACAAGACUCUGCUGUCGCGCGGGCUACAGCACCCCGACCCGCGGGUGCGCGCCGCGACAGCUGUCGCAGUCACCGCAAUGGUGCAUGCUGCUCUGAAGACGGCCACGGAAAUCGACGUGGGCGAGCAGCGGCCCCCGCCUGCGGACAGGGAACCAGAGUCGCUGGCGGAGCACGACGUGAGCGUGAUGAAGGCGGAGUUCUGCCACACGGUCCUGAGACACCUGCCAGACGAGCAGGUCGUAGCUUCGUUGAUUGCCAAGACGCAGCCUGCGUGGGUCAGCGGGUGGCCGGUCGGGACCGCGGCACGGGAGUCGGACGGGAAGCAUGCUAGCGACGCUGAGAUGGACCAGCCGUCGCCACGCGGUGCUGGGCUCACCGAGGAACCCAGCAUCGAGGAUUUACGAGUGGUGUCUGAAGACGAUGAAGAGUUCGACCUGCAACCGGGCGAGCCGGGCAGCAAGCCAACCGAGACAGCGGCGCGGACAGAGCUGCUCCCUCUCGCGCGGGCCGCGUUCCAGCUCGCCGACGCCUACGUCUGGUUGUUCGAGGGCGCUCAACUAUCCUUCCAAAGCAAUGUGCCAGGAAUCCGCUGUCUCCCUCCCGCGAGCGCGUUCGACGGCGCCUCUACCGACGGACCGCACCCGGGGAUCCUCCGCGCACUCGUCGCACUGUCGGGCCCGCAGCUCGGCGCGCAUGCCGCGCCGGGCACUGCGAUUGACAUAGCGCGGGUAGUUCGUGCAUCCACAGCGGCGCGGGAGGUCGCGGACGCCGUCGUGGGCUGCGACCCGUGCCGCGUCGACACCACCCUGCGCGACACGGAGAUGCGGGCCUGCUUCCAGCGCAGAGGCGCGGGGGUGUCUGCGAGCAUCAUCGGAUCUUUGGUGGGGGUGCUGAAGAGAGAAGAAGAGGCCUGUGCUGCCUGCGAGGGCGCAGACGACGGGCCGCGGGUGGCGGCAGCGGCUCUGCUGUCCGAUGCGCUGCUGUGCAGCGGCGUUCUCGGCGCCCCGGGCGUGCUGGAGGCGCCAAUUCUCGCGGACAGUCUGGGUGUCGUAUUCAGGAGCGACGGCGGUGCGGGGUGGCUUGCUGCGGCGCGGUGUCUCGUCGAAGCUGUGGGCGUGUGCCAGCGCAAGGCGGUGCAGAAGUUCGAGGGCGUCGCCGCCACGAUCGCGGCCUCUCGCAGGGUCUUCGAAGCCGUUGGUGAGCAAGACACCACAAACGACUAUUCCUGGGUGUCUCCGCUGACUAUGGAGCUGAUCACUGCCGCAUCCAAGGUGAUCCCAUCAAGGAAAACAUCCGCAGAGGCUCGUGCAGCCGUUGCCGACUUCUUGGGCACCGCCAUCGCCCUGCUUGUCGACGCACACCCACACCCCGCAGCAGCCUCGGCCGCGGUGCUCGCAACCGUGCACGGAGCCGGGGCCGACCCGGCGGCAUUCUGUCGGGAGGGAUCUGGGCUGAUUGCUGGAGCCCUGCUCAAGUGCUGGGACGUGAUCGGUCAGGAGGCGCGCGGGCGGAUUCCUUCGCGUACAAACAAGGAGCCGUCUUCGGGCCCAGCCCUGGAGGACGUCGACGCGACUCUGAGCUUAACGUGGCCGUGGACUGACGAAGCGAUACCGCUGUGGCAGGCGGCGUCAGACACGGCGCGGAUGGACCAUUUGUCGGUGUACGUAGUGCGACAUGGGAACCACGCGGCGUUGCUGCCUCCGGCCAUCUGCAAGCUCGCGGCCCAGGCCGCAAGGGAUGCCCGAGUCUGCGCGGACCUGUGCAGGCUGAUGGCUUCCGUCAGCCGCGACAAGGACUGUUGUUUGCGGGGGGUGCAUCUGUGCGUGUUGCAUCCCCGGCUGGUGGCGAGGAUCAUCCAGGAAGCGGGGCCGAGUUCCACGUCUGCCGCGAACAUCGUCGGAGAGUUGCUGAACUGCGUCGCGUUUGCGGCCGAGGAACGUCGUCUCUUCGGAACAAGCGAGCGCCCACCGUCAUGGACUGUCGCCGACGCAACGCAGCGUGUCGUGCGAGUUCUCGUGGCCAACGCGCCGCGGAUCUUCCGCCUUGCUGCGCGUCAAGCGGACGCAGCUGUCGCGAUCGAGGCGGCUGCGAGCGUCGUCCUGGCAGCCGCGCAGCUCGACCAGGGCACGACAGCAGCCCUCCAGAUGCUCGAAGCCUGCUGCGACGCACUCGACGCCGCGCCGGAUCCCUCUCGGCGCUCGACGAUCAUCCAAACCGUCGCCAGCAGCUUGGCGAGGGUCUUCCGAGGCCCGGGGGCGCACACAUUCAUCACAGCAGGCACGCCGCGCCUUGCAGCGAUCAUGCGCAUCGUCGCGCAGGAGCAAGGGGUCAGCGCCUCGCCGAAGCUGCAGCAGCUCCUCGAAGCGCUCCUCGAGCCGCUCCAGGCCGCCGCGUCGCAGAGACAGGCGGGGUUCGAGGGUCUUCUUGCAGCGGUGAUGACAUCUUGCUUUGUUGAAUCUGAGCGGGGCGUCACCGUCGAAGGGGCGCUUGUCGCGGCCGCGAUCGUCGCGAUCGAGCCCCGCCUGCGCAAGCAGUUCGCGGAUCUCCUGCAGCGGGCGUCCGCCGAGGGUCAGGCGUCGCGGCGCGAGUCACUGGCGCUCCUUUUGCCCGCCGUCGCGGUGUCGUUGACGUCGAAGAGCACGGACGCGUCGGUUCGGUCGACGAUAGCGGACGUUGUGCGCGCGCCGCUGCUCGCGUACGCGGGCGCGAAGCCCCCUGGACCCGGACACUCGUGCCGGGAGCUGUCGCGUGAUGCCUUGGCGAUGCUCCACGGCUGGGCGGCCCCAUGUCUCGCGGCGGUGCUCUCGCAGCGUCGCGAGGGCGGCACUCAAGCAGCGCGAAAGCUUCUGGCGAAGGCGCUGCCCCCCGCGGGGCUGUCGGAUUGCCCUGUGCUGCAAAUGCCGCAAGCGAGGGCAAGCGCGUGCGAGCGGCUCUGGGAGGCGUGUCCGGCGGUGCGAUACGCGCACGAGACAGCGCUGCAAGCCUGCGCGUCGGAGGCGUUCGGCAGCGGCGAGGGGAUCGUUGCAGGCGAUGGUGGCGGGUGCGCAUCCAACACGCCCGUUGCGGAGGAGCGCGUGCUGGUCGCGCGGCUGGCGUUCCGGUGGAUGGUCCGGGAGGGAAUGGAGGCGGUCGAGGCGGCUUGUUGCUUCUGGGACGUCGCGGCACGAUGCCUGCGCGCCACCAUCGAGACGUCGGCGAGCAGUGCACCGCCAGAUCAGGUCGCCGCCGCAGCGAACGCCGUGGCGCUCGCGGUGACCGAUCUCCUUGCCUGCACGUGCCAUGAACAUCGAGUUUUCGACGAUGCGGCGCUCAGUGAAACCGCGAGCCGCGCAGCAGACGAGCUUGCAAGUGCUCUGCGACUCUCUCUCUCCUCCGACGUCCCCCUCGGUGCGGCGCUCGCGCCACUCGCCGAGGCGCUCGAGUGCUGCAUCGGCACAGGCGCGCCAACGCCCGGCGCCACGAUCGUGCGCGCACACGUGGGUGACGUGGCCAGGCAGACGUUGGUCUCAAUCGCCCACCUGGGUCCCACGAAAGCUGUUGCGGCGGCUCUGUCCGGCCGUGACGCACCCCUCACUGGACAGGUGUCGGUACCGCGGGAGAUUCAGCACAUGCCGCUGCCAGCGAGCGCCCUGCUGGCCCCGAGCGUCGUGCGAUCUGCGUUCGCGGAAACGAACGCGCCGCCACCCGCACCUGCGGAGCGCAUUCGCGCGGCGGCGCGGUGUCCCGGCGAGGCGUGGGCAGCGACCGUCGCGGCGUGCGUGCGCCUUUGCUGCGAGAGUGAGCAAGGGGCAAGCCCUCGACAAGUCACCCACGAAGUGAAGGGUGCGUGUCAGACGGUCCUGCCCGCACUUCUCGCGUCGUACGGCGGCGGUUGUUCCGGUCGCGAUGCUGCGAUCGCGUCGGCGCUCUUCGCGGCGGACUUGGUCCUCACGGGCGUCGCGUGGAACGAAUUGGGGUCUGUUGGGAUGGACAUCGAGGAAAGCACUUCUGAGGAGUCUUCUUCGGACGACGCCGGCAACGAGGACGACGAGGACAGCUCCGAAGCUGACUCUGCGUCGUCAGGCGGGGACCGGCGCCAAGCUCGCGGGAGGGGGCGGGGCCCGCGCGUGCAGGCGACCGCAGGAGACUUGUGGCGCGCGGGGCGAGGAGCGCAGGACGCGGUCCGGGCGGUCCAGGCAGCCAUGUCGAGGUCCGUGCUGGCGACGGCCGGCUUCGCGUUCGGAGAGGCCGCGGCGCAGUGUUUCGCAGCCGGCGGGCUCAUCGCUGCUUCUGGUGGUGGUGACCAGCUCGCCCGUGCUCGCGUCAUGCUGCGGACGGCUGCUCUGGAUCCGUACCGGCUGCUGCUGACUACCGCGUGUCUGCACGACGCCGACGGCCGGCCGGGCGACGGGGCGCCGACGGCCGGGUGGGGCCGGCACUCCUACAGCGUCAUGUGGGUGUUGUGCAUGGCGUAUUGCGGCGUACGCGAGGGUUGGCUCGGCGUCCGCGACGUCACGACGGCAGGCAUCCUUCCUCUCGCGAUCUGCUGCCUCGCGGCGCCGUCCGAGCGCUCCAGGGUCCUCGCCCACGCCCUGAUAUCUAUCACAGCAGAAGCCAUGUCUUCGGGCCCCAAGUUCCGCGAACGCCCGUCGCUCGAGCGCGUUCUGGCGUACGUCGCGCGCGGCGUCGCCGCGCACGGCCCGGCCAGGCGAGUGUCGUCGCUGCCGGCGCACUUCGCCGCCCACUGCGCGGCGGCUGCCGCCGUGCGGGGGUCGCAGGACCACAAGUUUCUCGACAAGUGGGUGCGCCGCAAGAGGGAGCUCGCACCAGCCAGCGCGAAACACCUCGACCACCUCCUCGCCUCGACCCGGCCGCACCCGGUCUGCCGCCGGGACCUCUACGACGCGUUGCGCGCGGCUUCCGUCGGCGUCCAGGGCGGGGCGCUCGACGCCUCGGCGCUGCGGAGGUCCGGGGCGCUCGGCUUCGUCCUCGCGUACCUGGCGUCGUGCUUCCGCGACUCGGCCGUGUACGCCGCGGGCGUUGACACCAUCGUGGCCUCCAUGGCGACCCCGGGGUGCGCCGUUGCGGGGAUCGCGGACCUCUUCGCGUUCGCGUGGGCCGCGGAACGGAUGCGGGAGCUGCAGGAACGCUGGCCGCGCAGCGUGGUCCCGCUCAAGAUCUGCACGCGGAUCGCGGAGCUCGCCCAGAAAGCGUUCGCGUGGCCGGGAUGCGCGGCACUCCCCGGACGACAACAGGUGCCGCUCACCGUCGCAACGACGUCCGAGCUGUCCGUCGGGCUGUUCCACGUGUGCACGGUGACGACCUCGGCGUGUGACGCGGCCUGCGCGCCCGCUGCGGAGCGCAGGAGCCGGGGUCUCGAGCACGCUGCCUGCGAGUUGGCCACCGCGGCAAUCGAUCUCGUUGUCCGGUGCCUUGCGUCGCCGCUGCCCUUCUUCGGGAUGCCGCUGCUGCACCGGAUCGACCUCGGGGCGCUCGCUGGCGGCGCGGUGUCGCUUGCGCAGCGCGUUCGCGGCGGCGGUGGCGCGCGGCUCGCGUGGGCUGUGCUGGGACUGGUGGCCGUCGAGCCGCGCGGGAGCCUGUGGGCGGCCAGCGUGGCGCGCAGGGCGCUACCUGUGGCGCUAGCGAGCGUUGGGCGCCGCGGCGGCGUUCCUUGGGAGCGCCGGGAGGCCACGCUGGGCGCGUUGGUGGCGUGGGUGGCCGCGAAACGAGAGUCCUUUGUGCAGGAUUCCGCAGUGGCGCCCCUGGCCCGGGAGCUACUGGCAGCGACGGGCGAGGCGGUCGACGGCGCUGCCUGCGACGUGCAAGCUCCCUCCUGA